AUGACCAUUGUCUACUGUCUCCUUUCCGUUGCUGCCUCUCGACAAUGGAUAAUUCAUCAAAUGGACAUUCACAAUGCUUUUCUUCAUGGUGACCUUGAUGAGAAAGCACUGUUACAGAUUGAUCAUUACAAAUCUGUUCUCUCCAGACACUUCAAAACUAAGGAUCUAGGCCCUCUAAAAUAUUUUCUUAGUCUUGAAGUGGCUCGUUCUUUUACUGGGAUCUUCAUUAACCAACGGAAGUAUACUCUUGAUAUUCUAUCUAAUAGUGGCCAGCUAGGUGCUCGCCCCGCCUCCUUUCCCAUGGAACAGAAUCUGAAGCUCACCGCCAGUGAUGGUAAUCUUCUGUCAGACCCGAGCCCCUAUCGUCAACUUGUUGGCCGUCUCAUUUACCUCACCAUCACCCGACCUGACAUUGCCUUCGCAGUCAACAUACUCAGUCAGUUCAUGCAUACACCUCGAGCUCCUCAUUUGACUGCUGCUCAUCAGGUUCUUCGCUAUUUCAAGUGCACUUCAGGUCAUGGCAUUUUCUUUGCAGCCUCCAGUGGUCUUCAGCUCAUUGCCUACACAGAUUCAGACUGGGCCAGCUGCUCAACCACUCGUCGUUCUACUACGGCUACUUCAUCCAACUCGGGACCAAUCCCAUUUCUUGGCGCACCAAGAAACAGACAACAGUAG